GGGCACUCGAAGGGCGUCACCAGCGUCGCGGUGUUUCCGUCCGGCGACCGCGUCGUGUCAGGGUCCACGGACAAGACGCUCAAGCUGUGGGACGCGUGGGACCGGAGCAGGGGCGAAUGCCUCGCGACGUGGAAAGGGCAUUCGAACGACGUCAGCAGCGUCGCGGUGUUUCCGUCCGGCGACCGCGUCGUGUCCGGGUCCACGGACAAGACGCUCAAGCUGUGGGACGCGUGGGACCGGAGCAGGGGCAACUGCCUCGCGACGUGGAAAGGGCAUUCGGACAACGUCGUGAGCGUCGCGGUGUUCCCGUCGGGCGACCGCGUCGUGUCCGGGUCUUGGGACAACACGCUCAAGCUGUGGGACGCGCGAGACCGGAGCACGGGCAACUGCCUCGCGACGUGGAAAGGGCAUUCGACCUACGUCAACAGCGUCGCGGUGUUUCCGUCGGGCGACCGCGUCGUGUCCGGGUCCGACGACGAGACGCUCAAGCUGUGGGACGCGAGCACGGGCAACUGCCUCGCGACGUGGAAAGUGCAUUUGAACGGCGUCAACAGCGUCGCGGUGUUCCCGUCGGGCGACCGCGUCGUGUCUGGGUCCGAGGACAAGACGCUCAUGCUGUGGGACGUGAGCACGGACGAAUGCCUCGCGACGUGGAAAGGGCAUUCGAACGACGUCAGCAGCGUCGCGGUGUUCCCGUCGGGCGACCGCGUCGUGUCCGGGUCCCACGACAAGACGCUCAAGCUGUGGGGCGCGGCC